GAGCCGGCAUAGGUCGGGGGUGCGCUCGCCCUCCUGAAAGGCCCGGAAGGCAUCCCGGAGGCCUCCGCGGAGAUGUUUGCCAGGACUAACAGAGCCGAUGAUGAAAUACCUGUCCAUUUGUGCUCAAGGAUAAUCAACGAAGUCAAUUAAUGGAAAAGACCAAUUUUUAAUUUGAGUAUUCAAUAGUAGCCAUCUCAUUGGUUAUUCAAGAUGCAGAACCGACAAGGAUAUUGCAGCUACUGCUGUGUGCGCUAUAAUAACCUGGAACAGCAUGUGACCAGCAGUCAGCACAGAUACUUGACCACACAGAACAGACGACAGAGGGCCACCUCGAGUUUGAUGGAACGUUUCUUGCAGGACGUGCUGCGGCACCACCCACAUCAUUAUCAAGAAAGCAGAUCAAUACAAAAUGAGAGACUUCCUGUAUCACAUUCUGAAGUGGUUCCUACUGACAGUGUUAUUUCUGAAGAAAUGUCUGAGAAUGAUGCUGGAGUCAGAAGAGAAAUAUCAGCCAAGCAUUGUGAACCUAAUGAGGAGUUAUAUUCCAGGCCUAGUAAAUCUCAGGAAUAUAUACAGGGUGUUUCAGUCCGACCAUCAGUUAUUCAAAAAUUAGAGAAGGGACAACAGCAGCCCUUGAAGUUUGUUCAUAAAAUUGGGAGUGGUUUGAGUGAAUUUCAGCAAGUAGGUAUUGGUCAAACUGCAAAUUAUGGACAAAACUCAAUAUAUUCCUCAGUGAUUUCUCAUGCUCCUGCUAGUUGUUUACCUGAAAAUUCUUGUGUUAAACCACUCACAACUAAUACUACUGAGUUAUCACAAGCUGUCCAUGUAGGUUCUAUUAGCAAAUGCGCCCCUGACAAAGUUGAUGGAUACUUUGAACAACUAGGCAGGAACUCUAAAAAUCCUGUGCUGUCGUGUCAUCUAGAAACUCCUUUUGUUUCAUAUCAGAAACCUAAGGAGUCAAAUAGGAGAUCUUUAUGUAUAAAUUCAGAUAAAUUGAUGAUUCAGGGUAAAACUUUGACAACUGAUUUUAAAUUCCAUGAUGUAAUGGGUACUAAAGGCGCCUUAAAAUGUGAACCUUUUUCCAAAUUAGUAGUAAACCCAACUGUAAGCCAAAAUAAAACUGACAUGCCCUCUGAUAAAGGAGUCCCUGAAGAUGCCAUUCCAAAGUAUCAUGAGAAGCUUUCUAAUAUGGAUCAUACGAAAGAAGAAAAGCAUUUGGUUUUUAACAAGUCAGCCUUUUUGGAACAUAAGAGCUCAGUGAGUUCUGAAAUGAAGUUUGGUUGUGGCUCUCUUCAUUCAGCAUCUGAUCAACCUAAAGGGUUUGUGCAAGACAUUUGGGAGGAAAGGCAAAUUGACCAAGAAUAUAAGAACAAUGAAUUGAGAAGGUAUGAAAUGAGUUUUGAUUAUAAUCCCUCUUUUCAUUCACUGACUGACCAAUCUAAAGUGAUUGCUAAAGAAAGAAACCUUUCAAGUAAAGUACGUGCUGAUUUGCAGUAUAAGAAAAAGAAAUGCUGUGAUUUUGAUAGCUCUCCUCAGGUGGCUUCUAACCAAAUUCAUGUAAUUGUUAAAGAAACAAGUUUUCAGAAGGCAAUGCCCAUUAGCCUGGUUGAUGAAAGUUAUGAAUCUAGUGAUUCUGAGAUGACUUUUAAUUGUGAUGCCUCACUUCAGUCAACUGAAGACUACCCCCAACAGCGUGCAAAAGUUGUAAGCCUUCCUGAGGAGGUGCACAUUGACUUGGUUGAUAAGGACUAUGGAUCUAGCAGCUCUGAAGUAAGUGCUGAUACCUUUUACCCACUUCAGUCAGUGGUUCACCAAAUCCCAGUGGUAGUCACAGAAACAAAACUUCAGAAGAAGGAUCACAUUGACUUGGUUGAUAAGAAUUAUGGAUCCAGUUGUUCUGAAACAAGUUUUGAUGAUUGCGUUCUUCUUCACUCAGUAGUUGACCAUCCCCAACUGACUGUCAAAGAAGGAAACCUAAAGGAUAGACAUGUCUACCUGAAAAAUGAGAAUCAAAAACCCAGUAGUACUGCAGCACAUCUUGAUUAUGAUGUCUCUCUGAAUACUGUGAAUACUGUGACUGAUGAACCUCAGAGGACCGGUGAAGGAAUAAAUCUUCUGAAAGAGAAAACUAAUCUAGUGGAUAUAAACUGUGAAUCAUAUGGCCCUGGAAUGAAUUCUCACACUGAUGGUCAGUUAGUAGCUAACCAUUUCCAAGAAGCUGUUAAAGAAGUAAACUCUGAAGAAGUAGCAACUAACUUGGCAAAUAAGAGUGCUAAAUCUAGCACUCUUUCUGACCUAAGUUUCAAUUCUCAUGAUUUUCCUUACCAGCCAACAAAUGAUCAACCUCAAGGUGCUCUGGGUAAAAUAAAUGUGAAAGAGUCAAAUGUUGACAUGGAAGUUAAGAGCUGUGGGUGCUCCAGUUGUGACUUGACUUUUGAUUCUGAUCCCCCUUUUCUGUCAGUCACUGAGCGUUCUGAGCUAGAUAUUGAGGAAAUAAGAAAAGAGUACAUUAACCUCAAGGAUAAGAACUGUGAAUCAGAUAGUUCUGAAAUAACCUUUGAUUCUGAUAUUAUUCUUUGUUCAGUUGACCCACCUCAAGUAGCUGUUUAUGAAGAAGAAUCUCUUGAUCUGAAAAAUAAGAAUAAUGAAUCCUGUAAUUCUGAAAUACCUUUUAAUUCUGAUACGCUUCUUUACUCAAGAACUGAUCAGCCUAAAAUAGAUGUCGAAGAAAUGUUUCAGAAGGAAGAGUAUGCAUACUUAGGACGAAAGAAUGAUGAACCCAGUGGUUCUAAAAUAAAUUUAGAUUCUUAUGUAUCUCCUCCUGAAGUAGCUGUUCAAAAGCUACAUCUUCAAAAAGAAGAGAAAGUUCACUUAGAAAAUAAGGAAAAUGAAUCUAGUAGUUCUGAAUUAAGUUUGGACUACGAUAUUUUUUAUUCAAUGGAUGAACAUUCUGAAGACCCCAUUGAAGUAGAAUGUCAGAAAGAAGAGCAGAUACAAUCAGAAAAUAAGGAUAAUGAACCUAGUAAUUCUGAAAUCAAUUUGAAAUCAGAUAUUUCUCUUCAUUUAGUGACUAAUCACCCUGAUGUAACUGUUAAAGAAAAAAAUAACCAGAAGGAAGAACACAUAAUAGAUAAAGGUAAUGAAUUAAGUACUUCUGAAAUAAGUUUGGAUUCUGAUGUCCCUCUUUUAUCAGUGACUCAUAAACCUGAAGCAGUUAUUAAAGAAAUAUGGCCUCAAAAAGAAAAGAGUGCUAUUAGAUUCCAAGAUAAAAGUGCUGAAUUUAGUGGUUCUAAAAUAAACUUGUUUUCUGAACCUCAUUAUUCAGUGACAGAAUCUCAAGUAGUUGGUAAAGAAAUUAAUGUUCAGAAAGAAGUGCAUAUUGUUGAAGAAAACAAGAGUGUUACAUGUAGUGAUUCUGAAAUAAUUUUAAAUUCUGGUGUCCCUCCUUUAAUGACUAAAAGACCUCAAAUUGUUGUUUUGAAAGAAGACCAUGUUGGCCCAGAAGAAAAAAGUUCUGAAUCUAGAGGUUUAGAAAUAAAUUGGGAUAUUGCCUCUCCUCUUCAUUCAGUAAUUAACCAGCCUCAACGAAGCCUUUUGAAGGAAAAACAUACUGACUUGGAAGAUGCAAACAGUAAAUUUAAUGAUUGUAAAAUAAGUUUUUAUAUUGACAACCCUCCUAAACCAUUGACUGAACAUUUUCAGGAAGUGGCUAACAAGACAAACCUAUGUAAGGAAAAGGAUAUUGACCUGAAAAAUAAUGUUGAUGAAAAUCAUGGUUCUAAAUUAUUUAAUUCUGAUGUUUCUCUUCAGUUUGUGGCUGAUCAACCUGAAGUAGCUGUUAAACGAAUGAAACUUGAAAAUGAAGGCCGUGUGUACUUGGAAGGAAAGAACAGCCAAUACAGUAGUAGUGUAAUGAGUUUGGAUUCUGGUUUCUUGGUCCAGUCAGUAGUUGAUCAGCCUCAAAUAAACAUUUUGCAGCAGGAACAUACUGAGCUAGAAAGUAAACACAGUCAGUCUUUCAGUUCUGAAAUAAGUUUUGGUUCUGAUGACCCUGUUCAGUCAGUGGCUGACCAGCUUAGAGAAACUGUUAAAGAAAUAAGCCUUUGGAAGGAUGAAGCUGACAUGGAAGGUAGGAGGGAUGAAUCUAAAGGUUUUGAAAUUGUGUAUGAUUCUGGUGUCAUCUUUCAGUCAACAUCUGGUCGAACUGAAGAAGUCGUUAAGGAGAUCAAACUUUGGAAGGAGCAUGUUGACUUGGAAGAUAAGAUUGUCCAGCCUAGUGAUUCAAAAAUAAAUUUUGAUGGUAAUGAACCUCUUCAGUUUUUGGCUAAUGAAAUUCACAAAGACAUUACAGAAAUAAAUCUUGUGAGGGAGGGACAUGUUUGUCUAGAUGGAAAGGGCUAUGAAACCAGUGAUUCUGAUGUAAUUUAUGUUUCAAAUGUCCCUCUUCAAUCAGUGGUUGAGCAACCUCAUCUUUUAGAAGAGAAACAUGCCAAUAGGAAAGAUGAGAGAUGUGUUCCUUGUGGACCUGAAACAACUUUUGCUUCUGGUGAUCAUCUUCAGUCAGUGACUGACCAUUUUCAAAAAGAUGUUAAAGAAGUAAGUCUUUGGAAGGAAGAUCAUGUUUACCUGGGAGAUAAGAGCUAUAAACUAGGUGAUUUUGAAGUAAGUUAUGGCUCUGAUAAUCCUGUUCACUUUGUGGCUGAUCAGUCUCUUGUCAGAGAAAUAAAUUUGCAAAAGAAAGCUCAGAAUAACCUAAAAAGUAAAAACUAUAAAUCUAUUAUUUCUGAAAUAAAAUGUAAUUCUGGGGUUUGUCUUCAGUUAAAAGUGGAUGAACCUCAAGUGGGUUGCAAAGAAAUUAACUUUCAGAAGGAAGAGCAUCUUGACAUGGAAGAAAAGACCAGUGAAUCAUGUGAUUCUGAUGUUCCUCUUCAUAUAGUAGUUGAACAACAUGGAGUGUCAAUCAAAGAACCAAAUCUUCAAAAGAUGUUAUUUGUGGACCUGGUGACCAGUGAUAAUGAUUGUGAAAUAAUUCCUGAUUCUGAUUCCACUUUUCAGCCAGUGAUUGACUCACCUCAAAUGACUGUUAAAGAAAUGAGCUGUAUAAAUGCAGAAAGUUUCUGUUUAGAAGGUGAGAGCCAUAACUAUUACAGUUCUCCAGUAGGAUAUGUUUGUGAAGUUUCUUCUGGAUCACUGAUAAACCAAUCUAGAGAAACUUUCAAAGUAGUAAACCAGAAGAAAGACUAUAUUAUUCUCCAAGAGUCAAACUGUGCGUCUUAUGGAUCUGAAAUAAAUUUUCAAGUUGAUGCCUCUCUUCAGUCCUUGACUUAUCCGUCACAUGGACCUGAUAAAAAAAUGGUGAAAUAUAUAGCCCUAGAAGAUAGGAGCUGUGAUUCUAGUAGUCCUAAAAAAUUUUUUAAAUGGGAAGAUGCUCCUCAGUCAGUGGUUCACCAACUACAGAAAACUGACAAAGUCAGUUUUCAGAAAGAUCUGGAAAAUACUGACCUAAAAGAUAAGAACUGUAAAUCUAGUGUUUCUGCAAUGGAUUGGAAUCCUUCUCCUGAGUCAACAAUCCAUCAAAUGAUUGAUAAAGACAAUUUUUUGAAGUUAAAACGUAAAAAUAUAGAACUCAUGAGCUGUGAAUCUUGUUCUGGGAGGAAUAUUCAGUGUGAUCCGUCUUUUCAUUCAGACACUGACCAGCUUCACCAAGCUGUUAAUAAAACAGAUGUAUCAAAGAAGAUGUAUUCAGGAUGGAAAGAAAAGAACUAUGAUUCCCAUUCAAACUCUGUUCCCGUGGUUGAUUCUGUAGUGAACCCAGGAAAAACAGGAGGAAGAGGAGCCAUACAAAAUAAUCUUGAUGAACCAGUUCUUGAAGCUUUGCCUCAUGUACCCCCUUCAUUUGUGGGGAAAACGUGGUCUCAAAUAAUGACAGAGGAAGAUAUAAAAAUUAGUGCUCUUGUGAAGGAAUUCCGGGAAGGUCGUUUCCACUGUUACUUUGAUGAUGACUGUGAGACCAGGAAAAUUAAAAAAAAAAAAUUGAGUAACGGGGAAAAGGUUACCUGGGCUGAUAUAAAUCAGGAGACUACAUCAAUUCAAGUUUUCUCAGACUAUGAUUAUCAUACAGGAGGUAUUUCAGAUAUUGAUGACUUUUCAGUGGCCUUAGAUAAAUUUAGUCAUUAUUGUGAAUUGAAAAUGCCUUAUGAACAACCAUGGCGAGGAGCAUCUCGAUGCCAGGCUGUAAAAGUCAGCCAUGGAACUCAAACCAAUGUCAUGAGUCACCCAGGGACAGAAAUAAUUGGGCAAGAGGAGGAAGACUUAACAAUGAGGAAGCAUUCACAGAGGGACAGAGAAAAGAAAAUGAAAGUGCAAAUUGGAAUACUUGAAUCUCCGGAAUUGGGUACUCAUGUUCUGAAGCCUUUGCAACCCAACGCCUUACUCUGUGUUGUUUCUUCAAAUAUGUUUAAGCUGCAGGAAGGUGAUAAAUCCUUCAGCCUCCCUAAAAAGAGGCCCCAUAGUCAGACAAAUAAUUGCAGCUUUAACAUAGAGUACGGAUAUAAACAGAAUUCCUUGAGUUCUCCCGACCCAUUGAAUAGGCAAACUGAAAGUAAUCCUCCUUUGAAUAUAGUAGUACCAGAAUAUGAGAGAGAGGACCGGAUUAACACUGAUUUUGAUGGGAGUGACCUAAAUGUAGAAGAUGGCAAUGUCGAUUUGCAAAGCUUUGUGAGAAAUGAAUCAGUGGCAUGUGAGUGGGCCAGUGGAUCUUCUGUGUCUCUGGAAGAGGCAGAGAUUUUGAAUUCUAGUGCAGCUCCCAGGGAAAGUAAUUUCCAGUUAACUCUUCCCAAUUAUGAUGUUGCCAAAAUCUCUCCAAAAUUGGUUACAAAGAAGUCUUUAGAAAGUAAAAAGAAGAUUCGGAGAAGGAAGGUGACAACUAAUAAUAUGCCAGGUUUUUCUAAAAUGGUUCAUAAACCAAUUAUUCUCCAGCAAAAAAAGGGAAUUGCUACAGAAAAACAGUCGAUUUGGAUUCGGACAAAACUAAGUGAUAUAAUUCGAAAGUAUGCUUCCAAAUUCUCUGUCUUUUUGCGUCACAAGUACCAAUCAAGAAACAUCUUUAUUAGAAUGCACCUUAAGAAAAGAGCUGAUGUCAGGAGGUUAAAGAAGGCCAAGAUACCAGCCAGGAUACUUUCUGGCUCCUCGGUUCCAUCUGCUAGUCCUGAAGAGCACCUGGUGGGAGCUAUUGCAAGCUCCUCUCCCAAGCAACCUGUGCAGGCUUCACCCAACCUUGUGCAACGUAAGAGGAAGAGGAAUGGUAAGGGAAAAUGCCGUAGGAAAAAACCAAGGAAGCCCUUUAAACCUGUUAAGGUAUAUGCUUUAAGAAGUAUGUGUUCUGUGGUGCCAUGUUCUGAUAGAAUGGGCACGAGGCUAUCAACUAAAUUUAAGGUAAACGCAAAAUCUUUGUUUUAAUGCUAGUUGACGAUUCAGUGGGUCAGUGGAAUGUAUUUAGUACUUUCUUUAGUGCACAUAGCUCUCCAUCUUUGUUGGGAAAAUUAAUAUUUAGCUAUAGAUGAUAUUUUUCAGAACUUUUAUAUUUAUUUAAGAUUAGUGUUGAAGAUUUUUAUUUUUUAAGAUUCGCAAGCACCUUUUGUCCAUUUACUGUAGAAGAGUUUCAUUUUAAUUUAUAUCACAUAAUUUGGUACAGUAUAUGUACAAUUUUGUCCCUCAAAUCAUAUCCCUCUUAAUUUAUUCUUCAUGAUUGUAUCUCAUAUAUCAGCAGGCUAUAACAUUGCAGUUGUAAACAUGGCAAACAUUUUUACUUUUUAAAAAUUGCUGUAAAUGAAUACAUACUUACGGUCUCUUUCAGAGUGGUAUUGUCAAUACUGUAUUCUAAUCAGAUAAUAAAAAAGAGGAAACAUAAAUUACCUCAAAUUUUGAGAGGGAUUGACUGAAAUAAUCACAAAAUACAAUUUAUCUUUCUUUAAAAAAAAUAUUGCCGAGAAUAAGAUUCCAUAAUCUUUAAUCCAGUUUUGAAAAACUGCCUGGUAAUUUUAUUUACAUACACAAACUCUCUAAUGCAUUUAAAUUGGAUCUGCAGGUCUCUAAUGCUCAUUUGGACACACACACACACUUAAAAUCUCUGCGGUGUUUCUUUAGUGUUACUAGAUCCUAAGGAGAAAAUGAACUUGCCAGUGUGAUUAUGCUUUUUUUUAAACCACUUUUACUUUCUUUUCACCUGAAGGGUUGGUGGUUUAAUAUGAAAGUCCAGGUUAUUUUAUAACCUUGUUUCUUAAGCUAUCUUAGAUAUUACCAUAUCAUUUUUAAUAGCUUGAACUGAAAUUAUUGGAUUGGUAAUUUGGGCAGAUCUUUAUUGUUAUUAAGAAAUUAUUUAUAGUCAGUAUUUUUUUUAAAGAUUUAUUUUUUAUUUAUUUAUGCAUACAAGAACUGGAGUGUAGGCCAGAGGUGCGGGGCCUGAGAGAAUUCACCAGAGACAAAGUGGGGAGUAGAACAGGCAGAUCUAUUGGAAUAUACUGCUGAGGGGAGCACCAGGUGAGACAGGAAAGGUCUGCUGUGCCAUGCAGGUUGGUUCCCUGGCCAGGGAUCGAACUCAUGGCACUCUUGCUGCAGUGGCUAGUAACAGCUUGAUAGCACUGAGACUCUAACCCCUGCGCCACUAGGGAGGCCCUAUAGUAAGUAUUCUAAAAGAUCAAAUAAAGCUUAGACCCACUUUGCAAGCGGAAAACCAUGAUUUGUAUGUUAGUUUGGCUUUCCUUAAACUUGCUAACUGAUUUUAAUAGUUCAAAUAAAAGAUGUUAAAAAGAUAGAGUUUAGGCUUGAGGUUAAUCUCUUAAUCCAGUAACACUGGAUCCUUUUCUAUCAUUAAUGUUAAAGGUAAAUAUAAAGAUUAGCUAUAUUGUCUUACUUCUGUAUUUUAUUGACACUAAAUCAGAUAAUUUCAGGCUAAAAAUAUUUUAGAAUUAAUGAAAUAUAGUAUAACAGUUGGUUUCUAACUGGAGCUUUAUUUCAGGAGACAUUAUUUAACCUAUUGGUGUUUUGAUGGUAUGUUGUGAUUUCUUCUAGAUUUUAAACAGUAUUUAUAUUGAAAAUAAUAGACACAUGUUUGUGUUUCUGGCUGCAAAGCAACUCCAACCUUCUUUCAUAUACAGAGCUUUUAAGUUCCUUUCUGAAAAUAUCACAUUGGAAUACUAGUUUAAAAUAAUCCUCCAAUUUUGGGAAGAAAACUGUCCUACAAAUUAUGGUAACAGCAGCUAAUUUAUAAGAAAUAUUCUAUAUGUGGGUAUUAUUGUCUUCCUAUGAAGUAGACACAUAAUUCCCUUAAGUAUUGUUAGUAGACAUAGUGUAAGCUUUUAGUGUAAGGAGAUCAUGUGGAAAUAAUAUAGUAAGUAAUUAUGUAACCAUACAUUGUGGUACCUCCAUGCAGAGAGGACACUUUGGUAAUUCAAAUGAAAACAAAAUCAAAAAAAUUUACCAUUUUCACUGUAGAAACAUUUCUUAGUACCAUUUUUGA